GGGUUACUUUUGUCCAUUCAUGAUUGCACCUCAACACUACUAUACACAUCACUGAGACCAGUCCAGAGAGGAAAAAACGGUUAACAAUAAAUAUUGUGUGUGAGAAAGAGAGGGGGAGAGAGAGAGAGAGAAGUUAUGCAAACAUCCAUUUUUUUUCUUCCUCUCUCAGCAACUAAAAUGAAAAUCUGGAAAUUACUUUGAUCCUUAAUUUGUUGCCUUUCUUCUUUCUUACAGAAUGUCAGAAUUCUAGCAUUCCCAAUUCUGCAAAGGCAUCACCUUUUUUGGUUUUUAUUGUUACUCAGAUAACUUCCCCCACCAUGGCUUCAAAAUCUAGAUCCAAUCUAUCUGAAAAUCCCAACAAAGCAUCACUGGCAACUCCAAGAGCCAAAGUUAGCAAAGCAGUGUCCAAAUCAGAAUCUGAAUCGCCAUCACCUUUGCAAAACUCGCGCCAUUCUGUCGAACGAUCGCCACGGUCGGUGAAUUCGAAGCCCACUGUCGAACGGAAAUCGCCAAGACCUGCCUCCACCCCACCUGAUAAUCAGAAACAGCCCCCAAGAACUGCAAAGGGUUCAGAGUUGCAGAACCAAUUGAAUGUUGUUCAAGAAGAUCUAAAGAAAGCAAAGGAACAGCUCAUUCAGGCUGAGAAGGAGAAGGUAAAAGCAAUUGAAGAGUUGAAAACAGUGCAGAGAGCGGCUGAGGAAGCAAAUGAGAAACUCAGGGAAGCAUUGGUGGCUCAAAAACGGGCUGAGGAGGAUUCUGAGAUUGAGAAAUUCCGAGCUGUUGAAUUGGAACAGGCAGGAAUUGAAACAGUGAAGAAGAAGGAAGAAGAAUGGCAAAAAGAGAUCGAGAGUGUGAAGAACCAACAUGCUCUGGAUGUGGCUGCUCUUCUCUCCACCACUCAGGAGCUUCAGCGGCUUAAACAAGAACUUGCCAUGACUAGUGAUGCAAAGAACCAGGCACUGAAUCAUGCUGAUGAUGCAACUAAAAUUGCCGAGAUUCAUGCAGAGAAAGCAGAGUUCUUUUCUGCUGAACUGACCCGGUUGAAGGCCUUACUAGAUUCAAAACUGGAAACCGAGGCUAGUGAAAAUAAACUUGUAUUGAAGCUGAAAACGGAGAUAGAAGCUCUCAAGCAAGAACUUGAAAAGGCAAAGGGUUAUGAUGAGAAGUUGACUGAGAAAGAAACUUCUAUUGAACAACUUAAUGUGGAGCUUGAAGCCUCAAAGAUGGCCGAAUCUUAUGCACGUAGCCUGCUAGAGGAGUGGCAUAAGAAGGUUGAGGAACUAGAAAUGAAGGUUGAAGAAGCAAACAAGAUGGAGAGAUCUGCAUCAGAAUCUUUGGAAUCUGUAAUGAAACAGCUAGAAGGAAACAAUGAUUUGUUCCAUGAAGCAAAAUCUGAAAUUGCUACUCUUAAAGAGAAGGUGGGUUUAUUAGAAAUGAAAAUUAGGAGACAAAGAACAGAUCUUGAGGAUUCAGAACGUCAACUUCUUAUGGCUAAGGAAGAAAGUCUUGAAAAUUCAAAGAAAGUUGAGUCUCUGAAAUCUGAACUUGAGACAGUUAGGGAAGAGAAAGUCCAAGCUUUGAACAAUGAGAAGCUUGCAGCUUCAAGUGUGCAGGACCUAUUAGAAGAGAAAAACAAACUUAUCAAUGAAUUGGAGAAUUCUAGGGAUGAAGAAGAAAAGAGUAAAAAGGCAAUGGAAAGCUUAGCUUCUGCAUUACAUGAAGUAUCUGCAGAAGCUAGAGAAGCCAAAGAAAAUCUACUAAACAUCCAGGCUGAUCGUGAAAGCUAUGAUACCCAGAUUGAAGAUUUAAAGUUAGUCCUAAAAGCCACUAAUGAAAAAUAUGAGUCCAUGCUUGAUGAUGCACGGCACGAGAUUGAUGUUCUUGUAUGUAGUAUUGAAAAUUCUAAGAAUGUCUUUGAGAACUCCAAAGCAGAUUGGGAGCAGAGAGAACUUCAUCUAGUCAACUGCUUAAAGAAAAAUGAAGAAGAAAAUGUGUCCCUUGAAAAAGAAAUAAAAAGAUUAGUGUAUUUGCUUAAAGAAACCGAGGAAGAAGCGAAUGCCAACAGAGAGGAAGAAGCUCAGUUGAAGGAAAAUCUGAAGGAAGUUGAGGCUGAGGCGAUCCAACUGCAGGAAGCUCUUAAGGAAGUAACAGCUGAGAACAUGAAAUUGAAGGAGAGCUUAUUGGAUAAAGAAAAUGAAUUGCAGAAUAUGUUUCAAGAAAAUGAUGAACUCCGAGCUAGGGAAGCUGAUUCUUUUAAGAAGGUGGAGGAGUUAUCUAAGUUGCUGGAAGAAGCUACAACCAGAAACCACACUGAGGAAAAUGGAGACCUUACAGACAGUGAGAAGGACUAUGAUUUGCUUCCUAAAGUAGUUGAAUUUUCUGAAGAGAAUGGACAUGGAGCGGAGGAUAUUUCAAAGGUGGAACUUGAAGUCAAUCAGGAGGAGGGACAACAAAGCUCACGGGAAGAACAUAAUAUUCUCUUGAAUGAAGAGGCUGAAAAAAUCGAAUCUCCAAAACCUGAUGAUGUGAAUGGAAAACUGAAGGAAGAUGAGAGGAAAGAAAAGGAUGAUUCUGCAGAAGUUGCAUUUAAAAUGUGGGAAAGCUGCAAGAUAGAGAAAAAGGAGUUCUCUCCAGAGAGAGAAGCAGAGCCUGAAUCAUUGGAAGAGGAAGUUGACUCAAAGAUAGAAGGUGGUGAGAGCUUUGAUAAGAUAAAUGGAGGCUCUUUAACAGAGAACAUUGAUGAUGGUGGGAGCUCACCAUCAAAACAGCAACAAUUGAAGAAAAAGAAGAAGCCUUUGCUUGGAAAGUUUGGAAGCCUGCUCAAGAAAAAGGGGGCUAGCAACCAUAAAUAGUAACAUUAUUCAACUUUGAGAUACAUUAUUGCUCAUUCAAUUGUUUGCACAUGUUUGCUUUAUGAUUUUUGCUUCUCAGAAUAGGGUCUUUAAUGGUUGUCAAGGCUUGUAAUAUUGUUUAGGAUUUUAACUAGUUCAUUUGGGUUGUGGCUCUCCAUGUUAGUAGCAAAUUAUAUGAUGCAAAUGAAACAUUUUUCCCCUUUAUUUGUGCUCAUGGCAUGCCCCUUGCCCUCCUAUCUAGAUUUGUCGAAAGAAGUGGCAAGUUGGAUUGUAUUUUUAUGUCUUCCCAAUUCAAAUGAAAGUCUAGACAAAAUUUUCCAUAUUUCAGUUCUGACAUUCAUUUGGGACUUCCUUUUAACAUAUAAUUAAUGACCAUUUAAUGC